AUGGAACAAGAAAAUCAACAAACAACGGGUCCUCCGAUUUUCUCAGGAGAGAAUUACCAUUUUUGGGCCAUUAAAAUGAAGGCUUAUUUGAAGGUUCUCAACUUGUGGGAUAUUGUUGAGAGAGGAGAACCUGUUGUCCAGCCAUUGAGAGACCACCCAACUCUCAAUGAUAUCAAAAACCAUAUGGAAGUGAUGUUUACAAGGAUUAUGGCUUGUGAGACAGCCAAAGAAUCCUGGGAUAAGCUAAAAGAGGAGUUUGAAGGCAGCAACAAAUUUAAGUCUGUUAAGGUCUUAGCUUUAAACAGGGAGUUUGAACUCUUGAAGAUGAAGGAUUUGGAUAGUGUGAAAGAAUACUCUUCCAUGCUAAUGGAUAUUGUGAACCAAAUUAGGAUACUUGGUGGAAAAUUUCCAGAUCAGAAGGUUGUAGAGAAGAUCAUGGUCAGCCUUUAG